AUGUUGCCCGGGUGCGGGCUGUUGGAUUGCCUCCGCCGCGGCGAGCGCGACACGCAUGACGCCGGCCGGACGGACUCCCGCGUCUCGGCCGACCCGGGCGGCGGGUCGGCGUCGUCGGCCGGGAAGAGCGGGCGGGCGAGGCGGCUCGAGUGGGCCGAGGUCGAGUCGGUCACGGGCGGCUUCUCGUCCCGCGUGAUCGGCCAGGGCGGCUUCAGCACCGUGUACCUGGCGUCGCUCACCUCCUCCCGCCUCGGCGCCGUCAAGGUGCAGCGGAGCAGCGAGCGCCUCCACCGCGUCUUCCGCCAGGAGCUCGACGUGCUCCUGUCCGUGCGCCAUCCCCACAUCGUCCGCCUCCUCGGCUACUGCGACGAACGAGAGGAGGGCGUCUUGGUGUUCGAGUACGCCCCCAACGGCGACCUGCACGAGAGGCUCCACCGGAGCGGCCAGAAGCGGGCGGCGCUGCCGUGGGCGCGGCGGAUGGCCGCCGCGUUCCAGGUGGCGAUGGCGCUGGAGUACCUCCACGAGAGCCAGGACCCCGCGGUCAUCCACGGCGACGUCAAGGCGUCCAACGUCCUGCUCGACGCCAACAUGGACGUCAAGCUCUGCGACUUCGGCUUCGCGCACGUCGGCUUCUCCGCCGCGGUCCUCCCGGCCGCGGCCAGGGCGUCAGCGCGCCACGUCAUGGGCUCCCCGGGGUACGUGGACCCGCACUUCCUCCGCUCCGGCGUGGCCACCAAGAAGAGCGACGUGUACAGCUUCGGGGUGCUGCUGCUGGAGCUGGUGACCGGGCGGGAGGCCAUCUGCGCGGACACGGGGUGCCGGCUCACGGUCGCCGUGGCGCCCGUGGUCAGCGAGGGGAAGGUGGCCGACGUGGUGGACAGGAGGUUGGGAGACGCGUACGAUCGCGAGGAGGCCGUGACCGUGGCGGCGCUCGCGCUGCAGUGCAUCAACGUCAGCUCCGGGCUCCGGCCGUCCAUGACGGACGUGGUGCGCGUUCUCCAGGAGAAGACGUCGGCGUUGAUCUCCGCCGUUGGACCUAAGCCGGCCAGCAAGAUGGUGGUUUCGUAA